GAAGAAGAAGGUUCAUUCAAAUUGACUGGUCAAAACAGUGGAACUCUGGAAGUGAAGCAAGAUUCUGAGACAUCAAAAACAAAAAUGAAUCGUCAUUCGCACAUACCUCAACCUAGCUUUCAGACGAAACGGAAAGCACGACCUCCGCUGAAUGUGACAGAAAAACAACCAACUCUGAGUUAUUCCAAGCUGAAAGUAGAGGUGGCUUCACUCCAAGAAGAGAAUAGAGACUUAAAACAGAAAGUGGCCAAACAACAAGCUGCAUCUUUUUCAACUAAGACAGCCAUUUCAGAACUGCAGCAGGGAAACAGAGAAUUGAAACAGAGAUUGGAGGAUGAAGAAAGGCAGCAUAGAGAUACUGUGAGCCAAUGUCAACAGGAAAAUUUAGGUCUGGAAACUAAACUGUAAGUACAUGGAUUAAAUCUUCCUUUAAAGUCUGCAUUCUUUUUAGAUAAAUAUUUUUUUCUCAAAAUUUCAGAGUUGCCUGGUAUUGAAAGUUUUUGGACACAUUCAAUAGUUAAAUCUAUAACAUUGCAAAAAGAGUGAACUUAUUCUAAUAUAAUGUUUUCAUGAAGAAUCAAUCAGAGUUGAUUGUUAAAAUAACAAUUCAAACACUAUAAAGAAUCAUCACCCAAAUUAGGCUUCGUAUCCCUCUACAGUGUACAUGCAACUCUUCUUUUUGAUAACAAUGAUUGGUUCAUGAAAAUGUCUAUGUUAACCAACUUUAAAUGACAUUUAUUAACCAUAAAUGUUUGUAUAAGAGGGUUGUGGAUAUAGUUGUGCUAAAAAGUUAGUGAACCCCAGUACCCCACCGCAAAACUCACUCUUAAAAUGUUAAAAAAGCCCAGAGAAACAAACUUCAUUGAAUGUAAUAUUUUAUUGCCUGACUUGACAAUUAUCUAAAACAUGGCAGAACUUGAAAAAUUAAGUAUGUUCAUUUUCUGAUGGGGUUCACAGUCACUAACUUUUGAGCACCACUGUACAUCAAAUUUCCCUUUGGCACAAUUUAACUUUGUUGCAAACAUAUUUAGGAAUUAUGUUAGAUUCAUAACAAUGUAUGAAUGGGAAUCAAUGUAGAAUGUGAGAAAUAUUUGAAUUUUCAAAUAUCGGAAAGGCCUACAUUUGUUGUUGACCUUAUUUCUUUAUUGUAGUUUUUCAUUUUUCAAAUUAUUAAAUGUCAAAGGUUAUAACUUGAAAUGAUCGAACCAUCAAAUAUUUAGAAGCGCAUAUUGUAGGUAAAGGUAGGCAAUAAAAAUAAAAAAGACUAAUGAAAAUAGAUUGUUUGCUUCUGCUUUACAGCAAUAUUCAUUCACUCAUUCAUUUUCUUCUCUUUUUCACAAAGAUGAUCCUUCAGGUCACUCUGACUGUACAUGUAGGUUUUCUGGGAGAAGUCCUAUCGUUUUUUUUGUAGUCAAUAUACUUUUAAUAUCAUUUCAUUUCAGACUCUCAAAAUUCAACCAAUUGACCUACCAUCUCUGUUUCUAAUUUGAUAAAUGACUAAUUGCUGAUUUGACCCAAUCUGCAUUCUUUCUUAAAGUAUUAAUUUGAUAACCUUGUUUUUUGUUUCUCUAUACAUAUAACAAUGAAUGUUAAUUUAUAUAGAAGUAUUGUAAUUACAGGUUUGAAUUAAUUGCUAUUUUGUAUUAUUCUAUGUAGGCACCAGCCAAUGUGGAGAACCUCUUGACAGAAUUUCCAAUUCUUUUAGGUGAUCCCCAGGCAUUGGCUGGUGCUCAAUUUUAUAUUUCUUUUGUAAUGUUUCUAUUGAGCUGUCAUGCUUUCUUGCCUGGAAAUG